UCCGCCCAUCUAGACAGACUGUUGUCUGCCGGCAUUUUCUUUUUGUUUUUCCGUAUUCCGACUGUAGCUCUUAGAUUAAUCUUCUGUUUUGUGGAUCGACUAGAUAGGUUUAGACUAAGUCUGUUUUUGCUACAGCAGCCUGCUACACAAUGCCUGGGUUUUCAGACAGAGAUCGUGGCAGGGAUAGAGGGUAUGGUGGGGGCCCCCCUCGUUUCGGUGGAGGUGGGGGAGGCAAUCGGGGUGGACCUCCUCCAGGAAAGUUUGGCAACCCUGGUGAGAGGCUGCGAAAGAAGCACUGGAACCUUGACGAGCUUCCAAAAUUUCAAAAGAACUUCUACCAGGAGCAUCCAGAUACCAGUCGCAGACCCCUUCAAGAGGUUGAACAGUACAGGAGAAGCAAAGAAGUUACGGUCAAAGGCAGAGAUUGCCCCAAACCAAUUGUAAAAUUCCAUGAAGCUGCCUUUCCAAGCUAUGUGAUGGAUGUUAUCAGCAAGCAGAACUGGACUGAACCAACUCCGAUUCAGUCUCAGGGGUGGCCAGUUGCCCUGAGUGGCAAAGAUAUGGUUGGCAUUGCUCAAACUGGGUCUGGGAAAACCCUUGCAUACCUUCUGCCCGCAAUUGUGCACAUUCAACAUCAGCCAUUCUUGGAGCAUGGAGAUGGACCCAUUUGCUUGGUGCUGGCACCAACUCGUGAGCUGGCUCAGCAGGUGCAACAAGUGGCUGCUGAAUACGGCCGGGCCUCCCGUCUCAAGAGCACCUGUAUCUAUGGUGGUGCACCCAAAGGACCCCAAAUCAGAGACCUUGAGAGAGGUGUUGAGAUUUGCAUCGCUACCCCAGGUCGUCUCAUUGACUUCCUGGAGUGUGGUAAGACUAAUCUGCGUCGUUGCACCUAUCUGGUGCUGGACGAAGCUGACCGCAUGUUGGACAUGGGAUUUGAACCUCAGAUCCGCAAGAUAGUGGAACAAAUUCGACCGGACCGUCAGACCCUGAUGUGGAGUGCCACCUGGCCUAAGGAAGUUCGCCAGCUAGCUGAGGACUUCCUGAAGGACUACGUCCAGAUCAACAUUGGCGCGCUGCAGCUCAGUGCUAACCACAACAUCCUGCAGAUUGUUGACGUUUGCAGUGACAUGGAAAAGGAGGACAAAUUGAUCCGUUUGCUGGAGGAGAUAAUGAGUGAAAAGGAGAACAAGACCAUUAUUUUUGUGGAAACCAAAAGGCGUUGUGAUGAGCUUACGAGGAGGAUGAGAAGAGAUGGGUGGCCAGCAAUGGGAAUUCAUGGAGACAAGAGCCAACAGGAGAGGGACUGGGUCCUUAAUGAGUUCAGAUAUGGCAAAGCUCCAAUCCUCAUUGCUACAGAUGUGGCCUCCCGUGGCUUAGAUGUGGAGGAUGUGAAAUUUGUCAUCAAUUAUGACUACCCUAACUCCUCCGAAGAUUAUAUCCACCGCAUUGGACGCACAGCCCGAAGUCAAAAAACGGGCACAGCCUACACCUUCUUCACCCCCAACAACAUGAAACAAGCCAGUGACCUGAUCUCUGUGCUCCGUGAGGCCAACCAGGCCAUUAACCCCAAGCUGAUCCAGAUGGCAGAGGACAGAGGAGGUCGCGGAAGGGGGGGCAGAGGUGGCUACAAGGAUGACCGUCGGGAUAGGUAUUCUGGGGGUGGGAGGAGUAGCUUUGGUGGUAGUAGCUACAGGGACAGGGACAGUGACAGGGGGUUUGGCAGUGGGCCCAAAAGUGCCUUUGGUGGCAAUAAGGCCCAAAAUGGUGGAAACUAUGGAGGUAAUAGUGGUAACUCUGGUGGUAACUAUAGCAACAACAAUUACAGCAAUGGACAGGGUAAUUUUGGUGCUCCAGCGAAUCAGGUGGGUGCCUUUGGUAACCAAAGCUUCCAGGGCCCUCCUCAGUUCGGGGGCAUGCAGAGGGGCGCUCAGAAUGGUAUGAACCAUCCACCUUUCCCAUUCAACUCUCAACCACCACCACCACAACCCCAGCAGCCACCCCCACCACCAAUGGUGCCCUAUCCCAUGCCACCACCCUUCCCACAGUAGAUAUGAUAUACGCACAAUGUAUGGAACCAACAUGAUUUUUGUUUAGUCUUGAAAUCUUCCAGUAUGAUUAUUAUUGUUAUUAUCCUUUGUACUGUUUAACUUUGUUUUGCUUACAGCAGGGUUGGAAUUAUUCGAUAAACCCAGAGCAUUAAAUGGAGUCUUACGUAGACACGUCUCCUAUAGUGCAACUUUGAUCACUGCACUUUUCCUUGAUUGUUUUUUUUUGGUUUUUUUUCUACAUUCCUCAGUAAUUUAUUUUUACUAGGUAAUGCAGUGUUUUCAGUUUGUGGUAUGUUUAAAGUGAUGUUAUGAAGAUCAUAUAAAAGGGUACGUGUGGCCCUUUUAAAUAAAAAUAAGAAAAUGGGA